AUGGCGCGAAAACGGGAACAAUAUCCGCAGCUGCGCUUCCGAUCUAGUCUUUCCCGGCUCGGUCUCGGAAUCAAACCCCCGCAGGGACACGCUCAUUCUACCACCACAACGAAUCCCGCGCAAAAGGGAGAAUACGGAGAGGAAGAAGAGUGGUACAUACCGUACAAUGGCCCGUACGAACCACCACCGUCGAAUGAGCCGAGGUCGGCACCCGCGUACACCUCUCGGAGGAAGAGAAGGGAAGAUGGGGUGGAGUUUCGGGAAGUUGUGAAGGCUGGCGAAAGUUCGGUGAGAGGAUCUGGAGAGGAUACGGGCCUUCAGAGUCGAUAUACAAGCAGCGAGGAUGGCCUUGGGAGCAUCUUCGGGAGAGACAAUCACCAGCACCUCCGCACCCAACAACACUCCAUGAUGCCUGACUUCGGCGAGACUGAUGUUGAAGAGGACGAGAGCGAGGAAAUUGUGCGUGGGGACAUGGAUUUGAGGGCACGGUACGGCUACUCGUACGCCUCUAGCAACGACGAGGAAACCGACUUCAACACCCCGCUUCCGUCUGCGACACAUCCGGUACUUCCUUUGUCUGCACCACCAGUCUCGACUCAGGGAUGGUCGUCAAGUGAGGACAAGGGCCUCCGUCCUCGUGCCAUCUCAUCCACUUCAAGACCGGCAGCGACUAUCAGUUCAACCACGCGAAGGGCAACGGUUUCUAGUGGGCAUGGGGGAAUUGGCGAGGCACCAGUCCCUGCACUGAGAACAAGUUCUUCCCAGAAUUCCAAACCUGGUGUUGCUGCAAAUCCUGCAAAUCCUCUUUCAUUGUUCCAUCUUAAUUACUCACAUCACCAUCGAGACACCGACACCACCGACAGUAUCACGAGCGCUUCGCCACCAACUCAGUAUUCAAUAUUCACUGCGUCACCUCCCCAGACUUACUCGGUUAUUUCGUCGCCUCCCGGUACUGGGCAUGGUACUGUGAACGAGGCAUUCGGUCGUUUUUCGAGGGACACGAAUUCGGUGAUGGGGAGGGAUGGCGCCGUGGGUAAUCCUCGUCUGAGUCUGGCUAGCUUGUUUAGUGGGUCGCUUGGGUUCAAGGGGAAGGGGAAAGAGCGGGAAGGGAAGGUGCCUGGGGAUCAACGGCUAAAGGUGAAGUCCUCAAAAUCCGAUCUCGCGAGGAACGACGUCCGCGAUGCGUAUCGAGUGCAAGUUCGUCCCUUAGCUACACAGUACGACGGCGACGUGAUAUACAUUGGCGACGAAAAGAACAUGCCGGGUGCCGACCUGGACGCCUCCGACAACGACAUUGUUAGCUCGAGUGUAGGGAAAGAUGCUCGCACGGACACGGGGAAUUCUCUUGCAAGUACCAACGCUGCUGACAAUAAGAGUGGCGUGGGCACGGACAACAUUCCGUCUGACGGUGAUAAUGUCGAUGCAGAUUCGGAAGCAUAUUACAACACUUACUAUGCUACCUUGUUGUCGACUCCCACAUCUGCUCGAGGAAGUUCUUUCCGAAGUAGCACUCCAGGAACACAGCCGGGGGGUUCCGCGAGCGAUCCUAUCCCUCCAUUGCCGUUACACUCAUCGAGCAAUGUCCUGCCUUUAUCGCAAUUUCAGGUCGCGUCGCCAUCCACCGGUCGUAUUAGCCCCCGGGUGGACAUGGGCGGGUUUGGCAGAAGGCAUGGAAAGAACAGGGAGAAAGAGAAUAUUGGGGAGGAAGAUGUCUGGAAACCAUCACCGAGUUCGAGGGCGGCUGAAGUAAUCCGAAGUGAAGCUGAAGCCGACGAUGAAGGAAGAAGGGGAAGGCCAGCAGGUUCAAGGAGUCGGCAACCGGUGCAUCCGUAUGCCAACGUGCGCGCCUUCACUUUCCCAUCUAGUCCGGGAGAGACUUCCCGUGUCGAUGAAACUGAUCUCACCGGUUCGACAUCACGCCCACCAAAGCUGACAUUCACAGCACCGUCCCAACAUUCAUCGCCGCUAUCUGGCCCCCAUACACAUCCAACUGCCCAUCUGCAUCUGCAAACUCAUCCACAUCUUCUCCCACCGCCCCCUCAUAGCGAUUCCUCACAGCCGCACUCUCAUUCUGACAGUCAAGAAAGCUACUCACCACGAUCUCUGCGAAGACCCGUUUCCCCCCAAUCUAAACCUAACUCUCCUUCUCAAACACAAUCCCCUUCACGCGCCCUCCUUCUGCCACACCCCCUCCAACACCUACAUAAUAUCCGUAAUCGACUGAAGUUGUCAAUGUCGACGCCUAAUCUUCGCGCGUCUGGUUCAUCGGCAUCUGGCUCCUUAUCAGGCCAAUCGUCUCGUUCGUCUGCUGCCUCUACCAAUCAGAAACUACCUCAUACGCGAAACCCGUCGAAGUCAAAGGCACCUGAGGACACAAGACAUGUACCCCGACCUAUCAAUAUAAUUAAGCAGAAAUCAGUACCCAAUAGCCCACAUCAUGCAUUCCCCAGAGGUUUGGAUCGAUGGCUCUCCGCUGAAACGUGGUGCGACGCCCUUUUCCUACCCAAACCGCGACUGCGGCUCCGAGGUGAUGAUCCCUAUUACGAGAAAGGAGAAUCUAUAGUUGGUCCAAGCUCAGGCUCUCGUCGCAUUGUCAGUCCGCCUGGAAGCCCAGUUGCGAGAGACUUCGUCAAUCGAGCUGAUGGCUCUCAAACUCUGGAAUCUCGUGUCCUUGCACAUUCACGCUCGCUAGCAGAUCUUCGAUUAGGACAUCAGGAAAGCGUGAUAGCUGAUCGGAAGGGCAAGGAGAGAAUGACUGGACGACCGGCGACAGCUGAUGUGAGUGGUUCAAGAGCAAGAGGUUUGACAUUGCCUUCCUCGAGCGCCCGACCAGCCACGGCCAAUCCCAUCACAGGGACAAAAGUAGAGACCUCCCACCCAAUGCCAGCGCCCGCGGUUGUUAUCAUUAAACCGAAUACGAAACCAAGCCGUCCAAAAAGCUGGGCGCUGGAUGAUUUAGCCCUUCCUAGUCCGGUGCCCUCUUUGAUGACGGUCCUGGCAGAAGGGCAAAUUCUUGAACACCAGCGGCGGAAAUGGCAGGCUCAAGCGCAAAAGUCGUUUCAGAAUCAACGCUCCCGUAGUCUAUCUAGAUCACGGAGCAAGUCGGUCUCGAAGAAAGUCAAGGGAAACGAUGCGAAGGGUCAGAGUAGCCACGGGAAAGAUAGUAAACUUGAAUAUCUUGCGGCGCGUUCCCUGUUGGGUAAUCAAGAUAUUCUACCUAUCUCGACAGGCAUCCGAAAGCGUAGCUUGAGCCAAUCGCAUACGGCUACUGAUUCAACGGGGCGGCCAUCUGGUGGUUCCCAAUCCACUGCCCAUAGACCAUCGCAUUCUUUCUCGCAGACGAUGAGCAAAUCGACCCACUCUCGAACUGGCUCGCAAAAUCAUUCACGGAACGGCUCGUGGUCAAAGACGGCUCUCGAUAAGAUUGCGAUGGGUACAGCGGCCUUGUGCGGUAUCCCAGGAGGAGAUAGUACCACAGCCACACCUGAGACAGAGCAUCCCCCUGCCGUCGGCCUGGAACGUGCGUUGAGAAGCGAUACGACGCAGGUGAUCCGGCUCGCGGACCCGGCAACAGUUCUUCCCCACCCCAGCGCGUCCCCUACUCCCAGCUAUGGUUUCACUAACUCAAGCCACGGCCAUGGAACGGCGGAGAGCGGUCCUGUCGAAGGUGUAGGGAUAGCUAUAUCCACCCCCGGGAGCGACCUCGACCGUGACUCGAUCAGACUACGUGAUCACCCGUACGCGCAGACUGUGCCAAAUGUCUAUCAUCACACAUAUGUGCCUCCUGCUCCUCCAGCUAAUCUAUCGGACCAGCGUUACGUCACCAAACGCGCAUCGGACGCGCAUUCUGGCGCCCCCGAUUCUCUUCAGAUCGGUUCGAGACAUCCUUUCGCCCAGCAAAGGGACUCCUACCAAGGCAGCCCGAAAAUCAUUGGGCAUCCUCGACCUGAUAGUGAGGUCUCGCCUCAGGCUACAAUGUGGGCCCCAGUGGCUGCUGGAGUCGUGCGGGAAGUACUACCUGAAGAAAUUCGCUACUCUCCUAUCGUAAAUAGCGAGACUCUUGUGCGAGGUACUUCGAACGACGCCCCUGAUACAGAUCCACGGAUACGACAACUCGGGAAGUUUGCCCGAAAUUCGAGGAAUAUAUUCGAUACUGUUGCGCUGGGGGAAACCCUCGCCAUGGCUGUUGAAGAUAGUCGCGACCACCUUUCAAGGAUCAGUGAAGGUUACAGUGUUUCGAACGAGGAUGAAGGCGAACGAAGUUUUUCGGAAGGGAGUCAUCAACCUGACCCCAGAAUCGUUGCCUCAACAGGCUCCCAAAGCCCGCGAGAGACGCAUCGUGAACCUGUUCAAUAUGACGCAUCCCGACCUAUGCAUCGACAAGCUUCUUUGCAGAUUCCGGAAGUUUUAGAAACUUCCCUGCAGGCAUCGUCAUCGCAGACCGAUGCCCUUCCAGAGCCUGAAAGCCGCCGAAGUCAAAUAUCUAGGGAUACCUCAGAAAGCAGCACAGGAUCGAUGCUUCCGACAUCGCCCAUCGUUACUUCACCCAUAACUUCUGAAAGUUCUUCUCCUCGCCCUUCCCCCCGACUGCUCAGCCGCAACUCCGACGAUCUUGAACAUUUCAGAGACCUGUUUUACCGACCCGACACCGGAAGACAGCAAUCAUUUCAAUCCGGCAUGAGUGCCGCCCAGUCGUCGUCUGCUUACACGGGACAUGUGUCUUGGGAUGCAAAUAUUGCACCCUCAAGGCAUCGAACAGCCAGCAGUGGCUUGACAAGCCUAGUGCGACGUGUGGGCGAGGAGCUAGAGGAGCUUAAUAUGCUAGUGGCAGAGAUGGGGAUGGAAUUAGGUGACGAUUCGUCAUCAAUUCUAUCGGCGAGCUCUCGACCUACGGAAUCAAGAUUCGUACUGGAGCCUUCCCAAGGAAUAGCCGACAACGGUGAUCAUGUUCGUAUGCAGGCCUUUCGUCCUUCUACAACUAUUCCUGAGGACGUCGAGGGCUCGGCUGAAGGAGAACAACUAAUGGACGAUGGUGAAGAAGACGAAGACGCGGAUCUCACCGCCCGCUUUCGAAUUGGCAUCGUUGAGGCUGUUCCUACCCCUCCAAGCACCUCGGAGGACCGCCGCUUCUCCCAACAUCUAUCCUCAUACAUCACGCAUCCAGGAUCCUCGGCUCAACCUAAUGCUGAGGAGGCUACCGUCCGUGUAGUAUCCAACGCCAGUUUGCAACCUCCUAGCACAGUCCUCAGCCGGGUCAGCUACAUGACCAGCUCGGACGGGUCUCGUAUGUCUGGUCUCUCAGAUUUCCCGGUCCCUCCUUUGCAGGAUCAAAUGACACCUGGGAAUAUGUCUAUCGUAGAUUCUUACUUUGAGGAUGUUACUUUACGCCAAGAAUUUGCCCUUCAAACCCCGAUGAGCCGACAGUCAACUCUCGGUGGCGACGAGGAGGUGGACUUCGCAAUGGCUUUUUCUUCUCGCCCCCACACGGCUCGCCCGCAGUCGUAA